AUGCUCGUUCCGUUCGCGGCUACGCUUGCCGCUGCCCUUGGCCUGGCAUCAACUGCUUCCGCAGCAGCAAUUCAGGCUUGCCGCGCAGCCCCGGUGCCUUCAUCAUGCGCCUCCUACACCAUCAUCAAUGCGCGCGGCACCUCUGAGGCUCAGGGCGAAUCGGUCGGCUUCAAGACUAUGAAUCAAAAGGUUUUGGCUGAACGUUCCGGUGGAAAAGUAUACGACGUUGUCUAUGCCGCCAAUUGGUUCCAAAUCAGCGCACCAGGCACAAAGGAUUUGAUCGACCAGGUUGGCAAGAUUCUUGCACAAAACCCAUCCGAGUGUCUGAUCCUCGAGGGCUACUCGCAAGGCGCGACCGUGGUCGUCGAUGCUCUGCGCAAGCUGACUGGCCCCGCCUUUGAUGCUGUCAAGGGUGUUUUCCUCAUUGGAAACACGAGGCACGAACGUGGCCUUGCUUGCAAUGUUGAUAUGCAGGGCGGCGACAAGACAAAGUAUACAACAGGAAUCCUCUAUCUACCAGGACUGGGUAUUCCCACGGAUUGGGUUCCCAAAACGCUUGAUGUUUGCAACGUAGGCGACUCGGUUUGCGACGUCGAUUCGGGACGUGGUACUCUCAUCACAGAUCAGCAUAUGGCGUAUCCCACGGAUGCGGGCCUGCAAGACAUGGGGGCCAAGUUUUUGCUGAAGCAGCUGAGUUGA